CUCUCCUAUAUAGUUUAAAAAUAAGUUAUAUAAACAUUUUUGAUAACAUCAGAGCUAGGAAAAAUACUCGUAGUAUUGAUCAACUUACAAAUUUAAUCCAUUUGCAACACUCAACAGAUUCAUUGAGGUAUUUAAAAGUUUUGAAUAAAUUGCAAAUUAGAACAAGUUGACCGAUUCUACAAUGGAGUCGGUACCAUUCAAUAAAUCCGCAUUCCUGGAGAGUUACCUGCUGAAGCAUCGGGAGCUGGGAAAGCGACAAAGAGAAUAUAAAAAGUUACUCUCGAGUAAAGUGAAGACUCGCAAUGAGACAAUCAUUGAUGCGAGUUAUGAGAACACCAUCGAUCGCCUGGAGGAGGAGAAGAAUGAUCUGAGGGCACAGAUUUGGGUUGCGGCAGGAGCGACUCACAUUCAGAAGGACAGUCGAUAUCUGGGACAAAUACGUUGUCAUGUCGAGUGUCAGGAGAAUUUGACAGAGGACAUAACCAAGCUGAAGACAUCCAUAUGCAAUAUGGAGCGUGAGAUCAGUCGGGUGAGAAAACAGAUCUACAAUCUGAAUCGAUUGACGGUGCCGGAGCAACAGCAUCAGGCACAUGUGGCCAAAGUGCGCAAGAAGAUGGUUAUUCUGGAGAAUUCACUGGAGGUGGGAGUGCGACAGGAAUGCGGAUUCACGGCGGCAAAUGCCGAGCUGAGGGAACAGCUCAUCAAGAUCCUCAAUCAUCGCACAUUCUUCAACGAUUCCUACACGAAAAUGGUGCAGAAACUGAACAGCGAUAAAAAGUAUCUCAUAGAUCUCAUUGAGUAUGCUCUUAACACCUUUGAUGGCUGCAUCGAUGUCUACGAGAAGAUCGACAAGAUCACCAAGCGAGAGGCCAAGGAGCGAGAACUGCGACGCAUUGAGCUACAGGGUAUCAUGAGGAAAGUGGCCGCCGAUGCGGAUAACUCGGCAUUUGUCGAGUGCAAGGGCAGGGAGCGAGUCCUCGCCGAUCUACAGCCGAAGGAGUACAAGCGACGCGAUGAAUUCCGACGCAAGCACAACAAGAAAAUCAAUCUGUAUAAUUCGGUGCUUAAGAAGAUACUCGAUUACACCAACUCCAACAAUGUGGAGGAGGUGAUCGACAAGUUCCAGCAGCAGGAGAGUCUCUACUACUCCUUCUUCAACUACGCCAACGAGAUGAGCUAUCACAUUACGCUGCUCAACAACUCCGUCAAUCGUUUGUUCGAGGACAUCAUCGAAUUGAAGCGUGAGAACUCCAACACGCUGCAGGAUCAGAUAAGUCUGAUCAAUACACUGGAGGAUCAGGUCACCCAGAAACAGAACUCCAACAUUCAGUUGAAUAAGACGCGAGAGAGCAACGAUUCUCGCCUCGAGAAUCUCUUGCAGGGCAUCGAGAUGCUGUGUGACAUGUGCUCCGUGGACACAUCUCCUUUGGCCGAUCUGCUCGGCGAUCACACGCACGUCAAUCUGGUCAAUGUGGAGCGAUUCGUCAAAUUGCUGGAGGCACGCAUCCAGGACAUCGUGGCCAGCGUCUAUGUCUUUGAGCGGCAGGACGAGGGCAACAUCGACUAUGUGGUCAAACAGAUCGAGAAGAUCUGCGAGCUGCCCACCGAUCUCAAUGACAUUGUCCUCACCCAACAGUGUCCCGAGUGCGCCGAAGGCGAAGCCUUCAACAUUGACGACGGCGGCGACGGCGUUGCCAUUCACACGGUCAAGGAGGCGAAGCAGAAGCUCUACGAGAAGAUCACCCAACCCGAGAUGCAAUAUCGCCUCCACAGCAUCAGCCAGUGUCGUCUGCCUCGCUCCCGAGUGCUCGCUGCCAAGCGAAACAUGUAGUUACAAUCUUAAAACUUACACGUUAUCCAAUUUCACCUUUUACUUUCACUUCACGUCCUGGACAAUCUAUCAAAUUUUCAAUAAAUAUAUUAUGUACCACUGUGCGUUUGUGUAACAAAACU